AUGGUAGUUGCUACUAGAUCAACGCCUAAUACUGAGAAAGAAAAAAAGAAAAAAUCUAAAAUGAAGCGGAAGUUAAGUAAAAAGGGAAAUGCAAGUGCUGCUGCUGGUGAAGAAGCAUCAGAUUCUGAUUUUGAAAUGAAGGUGAAGGCUGUUGAGACUGGAGUUUCAAAAAAGAGGAAGCUAACUUUUGAUGCGGGUUCUAUUGGAAAGUUAGAGGAGAAACCAGUUAUUUUUAAAGAUCCUACCCGUUUACUGAAGAACUGGGAUUACUUGCUUGCUCCUGAAAACCGUUACAGUUGCAGAAUUACAAUUGCCCCGCGGUUCAAUAUUAUUGAAAAUAUAAAGAAUAUUUUAUCUCCGCGGCAGUUGGAACUUUUUCGUGGUACUUUUCUUGGUCAUUUUCUUGAUCUUAAGCCUGUUUUUAACCAGCCACAACUGCUUCAUUCCCUGCUGAUGCAUGAGGUUAAACAUCCUAAUGCUUCUGAACUUUGGUUGAAGAUUUCUAGCUACAAGUUGCGUUUUAGCAUAGAGGAGUUUGCGGUUAUAACUGGGCUAAAAUGUGUAGGAGAUUGUAAUACUCUUUCGUAUUCUACUCCUAAAAACUUUUUGUUAGAUACAUAUUUUCCAAAUAGUGAGAUUACUAGAGACAGUUUAGGCUUUUUAUUGAUGAAUAAGUCGUUUAGGAGUGAUGAGGAUGCUGUCAAGUUGGCUGUGAUUUAUUUGUAUGAGUGUUUUCUGUUUUCUCAUGAAACCAAAUACCAGAAUGUGAGUAGAUUUUUAGUAGAUAUGGUUGAUAGCGGUGAUUACAAUUCCUUUCCGUGGGGAAUUUUGGUUUUUCGUAAUACAAUUUCUGAUAUGAAAAAUCGAGUUCUUUCGAACAAGCGUCUUCAAUUUUAUAGGCUUAAUGGCUUUCCGCUUGUACUUCAAUUGUGGUUUUAUGAGGUUUGUCCCGUUGCGAGAAUGAAGAUUUGUUUGUUGAAUGAAGAUGCUGCAAUGAUACCUAGAAUGUUAAAGUGGUACAACACUGAUAUGAAACUAAAGAAAAAGUAUCUCAAUGAAACUUUUUUCAAUCUGUCGCGUCAAGAGCUGAAGUUGAAGAAUAUUGUGCCAUCGGUUGAAGAAAAAUCUAAUCCCAAUAUUUCUGGAUUUUUUCAAACUGGUAAAACAAAAAUUGUUGAAAAUGACGAUUAUUCAAGUGAUGACGAUCAGAUACUUGGUGACUAUAUGAAGCUGAAAAAGGGCGAAUCAUCUAAGAGGCGAGAUAGUUUUCCACGAAAAAAAGUUAAAAGCAGCAAUCCACUGCAAUUGGAUUCAGUUGUUGCAAGUCAAAAACAGCAAUCCACUGCAAUUUCAUCCAUUGAGAAAAAGUUAAGUUUUGUUAUGGACGCAUUGCUUGUGAUCGGGAAAUCUCUAGGCAUCGAGCAACAAUUUCAUUAUAAUUCGGUUGGUAAUGAAAAAUUCAAUUCUGAUAAGAAUUUUAAUGAUGUCGGUGAUGACGAUAUCGAUGAUGACACUGAUUCAGAAGUUGCAUUUAUUGUUAAACGAGCUGCGAAUAUUGAUGAAACCAUAUCUGCUGUGUUGUCUGAUCUACAGGAUAAAGUCCAUGUUGGUAUGGAUGGUGAUGAUAUUGUUCAUGAAUCUGAUGUAAACGUUUCUGAGGUGCAAGCUAAUCUAGCUGAUAAGGCAUUGGAGAAGGAAGAUAAUGCAGUACAACAGCCGUCCAAUAAUGAAGAUUCUGGUCCCGCUUUGACUGAUAUUGAGAAGAGCAAUGGAAUUGUCAAGGACUUGAAGAUGGCUGAUAAGAUAGAAUCGGAGAAGGAUGAGGAAGAGGAAAAAGAAGAGGGUCGGGAUAAAAAUGAGGAAGAUGAUGGUGGCGAAGAUGAUGGUAAGGACGAUAAGGACGAUAAGGACGAUGGUGAUGCUGGUGGUAAUGCUAGAGAGAUUGGUGGUGGUAAUGAAAAAGAGGGUGAUGCUGGUGGGGAUGAUAUUGCUGGUGUUCAUGGCAGUGACAUUCCUUCUGUGAAAUCUAAGGCUGUUUCUGAUAAGGUAAAUGCUGGUACAUCCACUGAUGCUGGGAAUAAUGAAAAUACACCUGUGGACAGAAAGAGGAUAAAGAGGCCCAGUCAUUUAUUACAAUCUCCGUUUUUGGCUCAAUUUAGUUCCGGAGAUGUUGACGUUAAGGAGGUUGGAGAUGUUCUUAUAGUGAGUAGGCUAUUCCCUUUCGAUAACAAUAUUGGAGAUGUGCUUAUGUCUAAUGAAUUGGUUGAAUUUGAGAGUUGGAUCAAUUAUGGAAAACUGAAGGUGGUUAGACCAUAUGAGGGAAGGUAUUAUAAGGAAGCAGUGACCAAAAUUGAUCCACCUUUUAAUUUUGGUGUUGAACAAAUUAGCACGAAAGAUUGGUUUUACCCAAUUACGUUUCGGGAUAUGGAAUUGUCCAAUUCGCACUUGGAUGUGUUAUUUUACUACUUGAGGAAAAAAGGCAAGUACGACAAAAGUUUGGCUUUGAAAUUUACGACAACGGACAGUUUAUUCGACCAAAGCUUUCAAUCAUUUGCAAGUAUUUUCAUGGAAGGUGAAUUUGAUACAGAUUUGUUGCAUGGGGAUGAUGUGAUUGGUGAGUACAUAAAAGGCAAUCAUAUGUAUGCUAAUACAGCUUGGAAGGACUGUGAAUCUGUGUUCAUUCCGGUUCAUGUGAAAGAAAAUAGUCAUUGGAUCCUUCUUGUGCUGAAUUUGAGGUUUAGGAGGCUGACUGUUAUGAAUUCUCUGCGUACACCGUCAAGUGUAAAUGCAGCCAGGGUGAUUGCUACUUAUUAUGCGACUGUGCUUCCUUUUUUUCUUGACAUGCUUGAUGUUUUCAAACUCAAUUCUGUUUGUGAUAUGAGCUCGCCAUUUUACAUAAGCCAAGGGUCUACUGAUGCACUUGAUGUGUUUUAUGAUGACUGUCUGCCGCUUCAAAAGUACAAAGAUUGUGGUAUUUUUGUAUAUUCUUUUACUGAAUACGUUGCUUAUGGAAAAGAGGACGAUAUGGUGAAUGAUUAUUGUAUCAAUGAUCAUCGAAGGCGUCUUGCAUUCGGUCUGUACAAUUAUGGCAAUUGGAAAAACAACUUUAAUAUUGAAAGUUCUUCAGAGAGAUGUGAGGUGAACAGAAAAGGAAAAACAAAGGCGAAGCAUGUUUCUAAACAUGUCAAGGCGAAACCAAAGGCGAAAUGA